GGUACGUCUUAUGUGGAUGGUGCCUCGGGCCGGCGCGCUUCUCCACAUUGCGCAGUUUGGGUCACGGUUGACGGAGUGCCUCCUGAGCAACCUCCAGCUCUCCGAGUACGAGCUGGACCGUGCUCUUCCGCAGGCCGCACUAAUUCCCCCAAACACCCAACUCGUCGUGCUUGCUAUCGGCUGCGUGUUGCACGAGGGUCGUUCCGACGCACAAAGCGACCUGAUGAAGUGCGCCGCGCUGGUGCACAGGCUCUUUCCGAACCUGGACCUCAGGCGAUGCCGCGCAUGUCCCCCGAAGUCGGACCACUGGGAGACCACGGGCGCGUGGAACACAGUCCUCACCGAGGUCGAGCGGCUUCGGCAUGCGGCGGUUACUCGGAUGGCCGUUUAGCGGCUGUAGCACCCUGACAUCCCUGGAUCCAUUGACGCAUAUACCCAUGUUCAGUGGGCCAAUGCACACGGGCUACGCUACCACGGGAUGUAUCAAUAGCAGGACGAUAUGGUCUUGCCAGGGCUCUAGGUAUGGUGUGGUGCACUAGAGAUAUCGUCCAGGUACCAAACAGUGAUGUACUUACCUUGAUGAUGCGUUAACUCGCCCUCAACGUCACGAG